GCCACUGCGCGAACCGCUCUGUUCACAUUGCCGCUGACAGCCUUGGCCUCACGCCGCAAAACGGGUUUCCAAUCCUCAAGGAUUGGCUGCUCAACGCUUGGUCGAUUUACUCCGGGGGCUUUGAGAACUACAGAGAAAACGUGGAGUUGUUCUCCGUGGCCUACACGUACAGCCACAUCAGCAAGUCCUGGGGCGAAGGGGAGCAGGAAGAAUUUGGCAGGAC